AUGAGAGGCUUCGGUGCAGGUGGUGAUGGUGGGAUGGUGGGCAUGGUUCUCAAAGUUGCGCCUGUCGUGUGCUCCUUUUUCGCUUUUGUUUUUUUGGCCGUUGCCUUGUCGGCAGGAAGCUCACCGAAUUAUAUUGAAGGGUUGAGUGUGAUUAACUUCAACAUGUCUACCUUUGGCAAAAACCUCAUCAAGGCCCCCAACGUCCAAGAAGCCGCCCAAGGCGGCUGCGACAAAGCCGACAACGCCGUCACGGACGCGGGCAACGCUCUCGGCAACGUAGCCGGUGGUCUCGCCGGUGCUUUCGGCGGCAAGAAGGCCGAAGAAGACGCCAAAAAGGCCCUCAACGGCGCCUCGGACAAAGUCGGCGACGGCGUCGGCGCAGCCUGCGAAAAGGGUGCUGAAAUCGCCGACAAGGCCGUCCGGCUCGGCCAGGACCUCGUCGACAAGGCCCUCGGCAGCGUCGCCAAAGCCAUCGGCCUCAAGGAGUACUACUCCAUCCACAUCGGCGCCAUGUGCGAAGGCAUGUACGCGCCCCUCUUCUCCGACCCGGCCGCGGAGCCGAACGUGGAAAAGUGCACCAAAAAGUUCGUCGUCGAGCAGACCGACCUCUCCAAAUCCCUCGACGCCUCCCUCAACGUCGGCCCCUUCAAGUUCAAGCUCAGCGACGUCGGCCUGAUCGACACCAUCCAGGACGCCCUGGACCUCAUCCCCCGCGCCCUCGCGGCGAUGGGCUUCUUCUUCCUCACCUCCGUCGUCUUCCUCGCCCUGGCGUUCCUAGGCUCGACCGCCGCCCUCGCCUCCGCCUUCGUCCCCGCCCUCGCCGCCCGCGAGACAGCCCUCAUCCUGCCGACCCUCGUCUGCCUCGGAAUCGGCUGGUUCCUCGCCGGGAUCGGCACCCUCGGUCUCACCGCCGCCGCCGAAAAGAUCAAAAACGCCGUCAACGAAGACGGCGCCAAGUUCGGCCUCUCGGCCGCGACCUCUCCAGGCCUCUACUUCCUCAUCUGGGCCGCCGCCGUCCUCUCCACCCUCGGGUUCGCCACGCUCGCCUACGCCUGGUACAAGUCCCGCCACGUCAGCGGCGACCGCUCAGAGACAGACUCCGACCUCGACGAGCAAAAGCACGUUGCCAGAGGCCAGUACCCCAUCAUGCAGGGGAACUACCCGCCUUCUGAGCGGGGGAGCUACUACGGCGCCCAGGACGGACAGGACCAGAUGCAGCAGGUGGAUUUUGGCGGGCAGCCCCAGGGGCAGAUGCGCCAGCAGGAUGACACGUAUCUCGGUCAGCCGGUGAACGACGGGAGGCCGAGCAAAGAGUAUUACCAGCAGCAGCAGUAG